AUGCAUGUGUCGACAAAGAAGGACCUCUCACAGCUUCACAAUAUGCACGAAUUAACGCAGCUGGCGGCGAUGGUUCUGCAGGAACGUUGCAGCCAGCAACGUCACCUGGAGCGUGUGUGCGAUACGCCUUUUCACAGCAGUCGGAUUCCGCAGAUAUCUGUGAUUGACUACGUUCGCCGUAUUGCCAAAUACUCUUGCUGCUCACCAGAGUGCUUUGUAUUGAGUCUUAUUUACAUGGACCGGUAUUUAUUUACGACUAAAUCUCCACUGACGUUUCGUAAUGUUCAUAGGCUGAUGAUAACAGCGGUAGUGGUGAGUGCAAAGCUAAGGGAUGAUACCUAUUACACCAACACUUACUAUGCAAGCCUUGGUGGCAUCAGUACCGUGGAACUAAACGGCUUAGAGCUUGAAUUUCUGAAGACGAUUGACUGGGUGACAUGGGUGGAACCGAGCCAGUUUGAGGAGUACCGGAUGGGGUUGCAAGCGCGAUAUUUGGCUUGUCAACUGUCUCCCACAACGGGGGAGAACUCUGACUACGGCGUUGUUUCCAUGGGUGGAGAGCGAGACACUUCACAGUGUUGA